CUCUGUUCAAUAUUUCUUUUUGUCAACCAAAACCAGACAAUAAUCCUGAAACGCGUACAUUUCUAUUGUGCUUUAUCUUCCUGUCUGUACAAAAUUCUAACAGCAUGUAUGAAGCAGCUGCUCGUUUACAAACCCAAAACCAAGAAAUGGUAAAAUGGAUCAGUUGUCUGCGAGAGAAACGACAAAAGUUGACGGACAAAAUAGCGCUUCAACUACAGGAGAAAAAGGCACUGGAAAAGGAAAUCGAGCGGCUUAGACAGCAGCUUCUUUCGCUGGACCAAAAACUGGAAACCAACCGGCAGGAGCUGCAAGAGCAGGAAAUUAUACUGGGGGAUGCGGAAACCGGCUACAUCAAAAUAGUGGACACAAUGUCGGAGUUGCUGAUGUCGGUUCAAGCCGAUGCCAAAACUACGGAUUAGAAAGAAUGAUACGGUAUGUUGAGUAGGGACUGCUGCUUCAAGGUUGAUGUUACUCAUUCCAUUUAACUGACGAUGUUUAAAUUAUGUGACAGAAUAUAGGUACAAUUUUACGCAAUUUUAUUUGGUAAAUUUACAUAAGAUCUAUUAUUCUAGCUGAACUUUAUAAAUAUCUCCGCCCUUUUAAUCUGCAUAUCACACAUCAGUCUAAAUAGUCUUAAGCUGACUUUCAAAGAUCUAGCUGCUACAGAAUUUGUCCUUCCAAGAUGGAUUCUACUACGCAAGUACACUAUGAUAAAUGCAAAGAAAACGCUAUCAAAAAUGUUUUAUA